AUGGCGGUCUCGUCAUUCUCUCUUCAGGUCUCUCUAUCGAAACUCAUUUCAUCUCUUCUCCUUCUUCACUCCACUUCUCAGGGAACACUUCUCAUUCUAUCUCCUUCCUCCGCCACUCUCAAAUCCAAAAUCAAUUUCCAUCUGAAAACCCUAAACCCCCAAUUCUACCAAGUCCCCGUCGAAAUCACCGCCGACCUCCCCGUUAACCACCGCCACUCCCUCUACUCUUCCGGCUCCGUCUGUUUCAUUACCCCUAGAAUCCUCAUCGUUGAUCUUCUCACUAAUAAACUACCUGCCUCAAUUAUCUCCGGACUCAUCAUCCUCAACGCUCAUUCCGUUUCGAAGACUUCCACUGAAGCUUUUAUUGUUAGGAUUUUUCGUUCUCUCAAUCGAAGUGCGUUUGUUCGUGUUUUCUCCGAUAGGCCACAAGCGAUGGUUUCGGGUUUUACGAAGGCGGAGAGAACUAUGAAGUGUUUGCAUAUUCGUGGUGAAUCAACAGCCGAUAAUUGCCAAAUACUUCAAUCAAGAGUUAAUAGAUUGAAAUCGGACAAAUAUCAGAUUGAUUCGGACAAGUUGAAAGGCUACUCUUGUGAUAUUAAUUUUACUGACAAGGAGCUUGAUAUAAUUGACAUGGCUGUUUAUGGUGAUGUAAUCCGGCCAGGAAACCAGUGUAGAUGCAGAACUGUUGAUGAAAUGCUUGGAAAAUUUAAGUGCAUCAACAAGGGUCUAUCCACAUGGAAAAAAGAAACCAUAGUGAAAGAGGAGUUUGUGAAGCAUUUAGAGUCCACUGCCACUAGCAAUGAAGAUGUUGAAUACAAGUAUCUUCCUAGUUGUCCAGAUGAUGAGCCUCAGAAGAAAAUUAAUCAAGGUACCAUUCUUAGCAACAUUCAAUGGAAGAAAUUUGGACUUCUUUGUUUUGUUUGGAUUGCAGUUCUUCUCUUGCAGAUUGCCAAGAAUUAUACAGCUACAUGUUCAAUCAAAUACUGGUUACUAACUUUGUUACAGACACCAGUUACUGUUGGGGUUUCAAUGUACCAAGCAAUAGGCCUAUAUCAAGGGAAGAAGAUUACAGUUUCUAAGCAAGAUCAUGGCACACAUUGGCCUUUGCAUCUUCUGAUUGUAUCACUUUCAUGUGCUUUGCUAGCUGGAAUAUUGGGUGGACUUCUUGGUGUAGGUAGUGGAUUUGUCAUGGGUCCUUUGUUUAUCGAAUUCGGAAUCGCGCCUCAGGUAGCAAGUGCCACGGCCACAUUAGGAAUGACAUUCACAGCAUCUAUAUCGGUUGCGCAAUAUUUUCUCUUGAAUCGAUUUCCGGUUCCUUAUGCUCUGUAUCUUACCAUUGUGGCUACAAUUGCAGCAUACAUAGGACAGAAAAUAAUUGACAGGCUUGUCAAUAUCUUUCAAAGAGCUUCUUUGAUUAUCUUUGUCUUAUCCUUCACAAUUCUUGUUAGUGCAAUUGCACUAGGUAUAGGCAGUAUGGCUUGUGGGAAAGGUAUGCAGAGUUAUAUCCAAAUGAAGAUUUGAUUUAUACUGUUGGUGUUAGUGACUACACAAAAGAUUGGUUCUAUGCACAGGUUACAAGAAAGAAAAAUGAAGAUAUUUAUGAAGGAACUACAUGGCAAAUAAAGUUUAACCUAGAUGACGUGGAAAAAGAUGAAAUAUAUAAAUUGCGAUUGGCUCUUGCAAGUGCAAAUGUCUCUGAAUUACAG